UUUGUAGACCAGGGAGACUUGGGGAUCAGUACCUGUGCAGUUGAUAGUCAUGCUUGCGACUCAACUCAGUGCAGUGGCUACUCACGAAUGUGGGGACCUGAUUGCACGCAAACGUACUUAUCGAGAUGUGGCCCUCGAACAACACUGAUAAUGAUGCUAUGUAUGAAAUGCCACUGCAACAUGUGUUGCUUACUUUUGGAUGCAAAAUUAUUCAAAUCUGCUUUCCUGAGCCUGAAAUUGAAGCCCCAUUGUGCACUGAGCCAUCCUUCACCUUGAAAGACCCACAAAUGUCACUCCUGUGCAGAAAAAUCACAAGGUAUUGAAGCCCCCCAAAAUAAUAAUAAUAAUAAUAAUAAUAAUAAAAUUAAAAUAAUAAUAAUAAUAAUAGUAAUAUGUAAGGUUCUUUAAACUAACAUAUUGGAAUGCAUUCUUAACUCCCACUUUCUAAAACAAUCAUGAAUAUGACAUUAAAAAUAAUAAAAAUAACUCCCUACCUACCCUACAUAUUUUUUUGGACAUGUUACUUGUAUUGCAGUUUUUUUCCUCAACCUACCUGGAGAGUGCUCUGAGGGUGCCCAGCUCAUGGCCUGGUCCCAGACCUGGCUACCUGGUGGAUGACCUUAUCAGUCACAUGGAGUCCCAUAUAAGCACCACAUCCUGGCUGGUCAGGAACUGACCAGUUCUAUCACAGUUGGUAUCCCCCUUAUGUAUGAAUGGAGGACAGUGAAAACCUUUUGUCCCUUUACACUUAAUGAAGUUUCCCUUAGUGUAUUCACUGCACCCUGGCUUUUCAUUUGAGGUAUUUUGUACUGUCUGCCAAGCCUCUUACUUUCACAGGGAAUGAGUUUGUGUGUGAAUAUUUGGGACCAAUCCUUAUCAAACAUUCCAUGACUCUCAGUUACUUUAUUUAACUGAUGGCAAGUUACUUUUGCCUAGAAAACCUUUUGUUUUAUCUUUUAGGUGUGAAAAGUAGUUAAAUUAUUCUGCCUUCAUUAGUUGGUAAAUAUUUUCUGUAAUAUCAACCAAUUAUGAAAACUGAAAAGUUUUGUUACUGGAGAAACACUGCCAGAGCAGGUGUAGAAGCCAUCAAGAAGAGAUUAGACAUGUACCUCUACCAUGUGCUUGAUCAACCUGGCUGUGGUGGAUGAGUGUUCCAGCAGACCACUGACAGUAGCAGCCUGGUUGAUCAGGCCAGUGCCAGACAAGUAUGGCCUGGAACUGGAGUGCAGGAGUAGGAAAACUCACGAAACUCUUCGAAGAUAUAACAAAGGACACUCGUAUAAUAGCUGUACUGUACAGUAUUAUUUAGGUACUCUUCAAAAGUUGUAUAACUGCUGAACCAGGCUUAUAACUGAACACUUCAUUAUACAGUAAAGAUGCACUAACACUUUAAUGUAUAGUAAAGUACAGUAACAUUAUUUCUUUUUUCUUUGAUGCUGUAUACUUCUGUAAGAAGUAAUUUGUUAUAAAAUCAUUCACAUGGAUUAAUAAGAGAUGAAUAUUGUAUGCUCUUAGGGUGAUGGUGAGGGACAAGUUGUAUACUGUACUAUAUUUAAUGCAGUAAUAAGAAUAUUAGACACCAAACACAAGUUUAAGAAAAAAAUUCUGUAAUUCUGAUUGACUGGUUUUUCUUUAAUGAUUUUGUGUUUAUACUUGAAUCUAGAGCCUAAUUAAUUUGGAUAUUUAACAAGUUAUUUAAAGCUAGUAUAGACAGUAGAAUGUCAUGUUUGUCAGUCAAGAAAGCUACAUAUAGCCACACAGGUGAAGUUGAAUGUCGUACACAUCAGCCAAGAAACGGGCAAUGCAGUCAUAGCUGUCUUGGAGAUAAUUUAAUAUUUGCAGGUGCAAGUCUCAGUUGUGUUGGAAACAUGUGUUGCAUAGUGUGGCUUGGUAAAGAAAACCAAAUGUAUAAACAGUCAGCUCUAGCAAUGCUAAAUGACUACGAGAAAUUUGCUUGAGAAAACAAAAAUGAAAUGUGAGGAGGAGAAAGUAAUACAUGUGAAGGCAGUUCAGUGAGACACUGCCAGUGAUGAGUUACUGUCUCCAUUUUGACAAUUGACACUGCCAGUGAUGAGUUACUAUCUCCACUUUAACAAGUGACACUGCUGGUGGUGAGUUACUAUUUCCACUUACUUUAAGAAGUGAUGACUAGCUUAAAUUGCAAGAUUUAUUACCCGAGAUAAUCAUUGAUCUUACCUUGUUGGAAGUAUAUAAAAUUUCAGCUGAGAGGUCCUUAAGCUGAUAAAGUGCAGUGUAGGUAUGUGUGUAUGUAUGUAUGUACGUAUAUAUUUCUAUAUAUAUGGUGUGUGGGUGGGUGAAUUAGUUCAUCGUGACAUUGGAUGUUAGUGACUUCAGCCUUCUACUGUAAAGGUAAAUAUGCAAAAUAUUUCCAUAACAAGAGGUAGAAAUUUUCAAGAAGAAACUUAGACAGGUGUCUUGAAGAAGCACUUGAUCAGCUGGGUUGGGUUGUCUGUUAGCCUGCAUGCAGCAGUAACCUGGUGUGACUGAUCAGGUGAUCACCAGGUAAUUCUCACCUCAGGCUAGGCUGAUAGAGCAGGAAAAAACUCUUGAAAACAGCUGCAGGUAUGGAUUUUAGUGUUUUACUCAAAAGUAGUAGCUAGGUAUAUACUCUACUAAACUAUGAUAGCUUGUUCAUGCUGUUGAAAAAGAUGGGUACUAGGUGGCAUUAGAUUUGUAAUGAUUCAGUUCAGGCAUGAAUGUGGGAAUGAGGAAUACCUGGAGAUGGCAGAUUGAUGACAGAUUACAGUGACUACAAUUGUUUGAGUCUCCCUUCAAUCUGUUAAAGUAGGUUGUGGUGCUGUAACAAAGUUGCUGUUCGUUUAGAGAAGAUGUAUGUGUGUAACUACUUACGUAAGCAGACAAGAGGAAGGUUGUAUGCAUUUUGUUCUUAUUAACCAGAAAUCUUUUUUUUUUUUUUUUGCACUUCUUCAGUAUUUGAAAAUUAACAGAAUUGUUAAAUAUCCUGCUAUCCUGGUACCAAAGCAUAUCGACCAUGCAUAAAUUAUGAAUCGUUUCAAUUUAUUUCCAUGUGAUACAUCGUUCGUACAAAAUUGGAUGACAUUACAUCUCUCACAUGGAAAGCCCUUUAGUUAUGUAGAGCAUUUUGGGCACAAAAGUUAUAUACACAUACAGAAAUAAGCUAGAGAUGAUGGUGUGGGGAGAGCGUGGGUGUAUCAAUUAAUCAGCUGGUUGUGAUGGUGACAAUGAUUAGCACUCGAGCUGCCAGAGCUCUGCACGUUGAAAUGUCAGAGGUCAAUUAGAAAUUGUAUGGAAAUUCUGCAUAUACAUUAGCAGCAAAGAGGAAAUAAUGGCUACCACAUAUGAAGUAAAGUUGUUGAGAUGACUCUACAGUAUUUGAUGCUACUUUUGACAUUACUUAAGUACCUACUUAAGAGUCACUCGCAUACCUCUAGGGUUAUGUAGGUAUACACCAAAAACUAUAAUGUGUAUAAUUAAUUCUCCCAAGUUUUUUCUGAAAUAUUUGUGAUUAGUUUAUUCUCUUGUUAUACUGUCAAUUUUUUUCUUAUAGAAAAUAUGCCCAGAUGAGAAAGGGGGUAGAGAUGAUUAAAAUGCUUCAUAAACUCAGUGAGGAUCAGGGGUGCGGUGGGGACAAUAAGGGAACACUGUAUCAACAUCCGGGGUCCCAGACUAUUCAACAUCUUACCAGAAGAUAUUAGAAAUAUGGCUGGGGCAAGUGUAGAAGCCUUCAAGAGGAAACUGGACAAGUAUCUUCACCAGGUGCCAGAUCAACCAGGCUGUGAUGGAUAUGUGGGGCAGCGGGCCUCCAGCAGCAACAGCCUGGUUGACCAGGCAAGCACCAGACGAGCCAGGCUCAGAGAGUAGUUUAACUCAAAAACUCUUCAAAGGUAUAUCAAAGGUAUCACUAAUUAAAGGGUUGAGGCUGUAGAAUACCUUGGAGAAUAACAUCUGAGCCUUUAUACUGCCUUUCUUACUCAGGAACAUGGGCGAACUACCAUUAUGGAGUACAGAACCACCAGAACCAUAACAUUACUGCCUUCCCCAUUCAGGAAUACAGGAACCUGUCAUUAUGGAGCACAAAACCAGAAGAGCAUCUACACCAUGUAUAACAUUCACACAGUAGCACUUCAUCCUCGUCUAAAUGUACAGUGGCUGCUUAGUUGGCUUCUAGGAGGGCCUAGCAGUGCAUCCAUGAAGUGCGUCAUUCAGGGGUUCUUCAUUUGUUCUAUUUAACCCGUAAACGGUCCAAGCAGAUCUACGUUCACACGUGUAGUGCUACAAAAGUAGAUCUACAUUUUUUUUUACAUAUUUUUCAACUAUAACAAAAAAAAAAAGUAGAUCCAAGUUUUUUACACAUUUUCAAAUGUAAAAAAAAAAAAAAAAAAAAAGAUUACUUUUUUUACGUACUUUCAAAUGUUGAAAAAAAGUAUAUAUACGUUUGGACCAUUUACGGGUUAAAUGGAUCAUUUCUUACUUGUGCAUGGCUUGAUUAAGAUAUAAGUAAUUCCAGGCUUUCUAAUAUGGGGUGUGUGUAACAGAAACCAAAUUUAAUUGGCUACUUCAAGCAUUGUGGGAAUUGUUUAACUUUUUUUUUUAUAUUAUCUAAUUGAGGAUACUGUGACUUAUUUUGUUUCUGAGUUUAAUUUGGCAAUUCUGUUUUGUAUUUUCUGGCAAUGCAGUAUACAAGAUUGAUAAUUUUAAAGACUAGAAAUAUAUUUUCGGAAAGCUUACGUCAUAACACCGAAUACAGUUUAUGAUUACACACUGGGAAAGUGAGAUAGAAUACAGUAGGACCACCAUGUCCAUGGGUCCAGUUUUCGUGGUUUCAGUUACCCAUGGUUUACCCUGGCCUGAAAAUAACCCUUAACCCCUUGACUGUCGAAACCCCAAAUCCUGAGGUGUCUUUUGGUGUUGAAAAAUUUUUGAAAAAAAAAAAAAAAUUCUAAUGAAAUGAUAGAGAAUCUUUUCCCGAUGGUAAUGACACCAGAAGAACAAAAUUUGAUGGAAAACUUACGGAAUUACGCUCUCGCAAAGUUAGCGACCUCGGCAAUAUUUAUGAAUCGUCGAUUUCACCCACUUUGAGCCCUAUUUUCGGCUAAUUCCAUUGUUCCACUCGACCAGACUCAUAGCUAUUUUUUUAGAACUCCAUUUGUUCUAUAAAUUGAGUACAAGAAACUGCCCAUUUACCGAUUUCAACUACCCAAUAACGUGGUCAGAAAUUUGCAAUUUGGCCAAUUUCACGCAAAUUAAAAAAUACAAUGGUCCUUCGCUUUUCGUAGUUCUUGGGAAUCAUAGAUUUCGGAAAUCAUAGGGAUAUUUUCAUAUAAACACGGACUCGCUUUUCAUAGGUUGACUCGCGAGUAGUAGUUCAUCCGGGGCGCGUACGCACGGUGUGAGCCGGGGCGGCAGCCAGUCUGGCAUUGUUUACCAGUGAGCGAAGGUCCCCUCACGUGCUCCUAUGAAAUAUUUCAUAAUAUUCCACUCAUUUUAGUGCUUGCAAGUAUUAAAUAAGCUACCAUGGCUCCAAAGAAAGCUCCUAGUGCCAAGCCUGUGGUAAAGAAGGUGAGAAAUACGAUUGAAUUUAAGAAAAACAUCAUUGAACAAUAUGAAAGUGGCACAAGUGUUGCCGAACUGGCCAGGAUGUAUAAGAAACCCUACACAACCAUAUGUUCCAUAGUGGCCAAGAAAAAGGAAAUCAAGGAAGCUGUUGUUGCAAAGGGGGUAACUAUGCUGACAAAAAUGAGAUCACCAGUACUCAAAGAGGUUGAGAAGUUAUUAUUGGUGUGGAUAAAUGAGAUACAAUUAGCAGGAGAUACUCUUAUGACUUCGAUUAUUUGUGAAAAGGCUAGGCAGUUGCACGAGGAUCUGGUAAAGAAAUUGCCUGAAAAUAGUGGUGAUGUGAGUGAAUUUAAGGCCAGCAAAGGUUGGUUUGAGAGAUUUAAGAACCGUACUGGCAUACACAGUGUGGUAAGGCACGGUGAGGCUGCCAGUUCGGACUGCAAGGCAGCUGAAAAAUAUGUGCAUGAAUUCAAGGAGUACAUAGAGGCUGAAGGACUGAAACCUGAACAAGUGUUCAUUUGUGACGAAACAGGCCUCUUUUGGAAGAAAAUGCCAAAGAGGACCUUCAUUACACAGGAGGAAAAGGCAAUGCUAGGACACAAGCCUAUGAAAGACAGGCUGAUGCUAAUGUUCUGUGCUAAUGCUAGUGGGGAUUUUAAAGUGAAGCCAUUACUAGUGUACCAUUCUGAAAAUCCCAGAGUGUUCAGGAAAAACAAUGUUAUGAAGAGUAAAUUGUGUGUGUUUUGGAAAUCUAAUAGUAAGGCAUGGGUCACGAGGGAAAUUUUUGUCGAGUGGUUCAAUGAAGUGUUUGGCCCUAGUGUGAAGAAUUAUCUCUUGGAAAAAAAAUUGGAUCUCAAGUGCCUGCUAGUAAUGGACAAUGCACCUGCUCAUCCUCCAAACUUGGAUGACCUAAUUUUCGAGGAGUUUGGGUUCAUCACAGUAAAGUUCUUGCCCCCGAAUACCACUCCUCUCCUCCAGCCCAUGGACCAGCAGGUCAUUGCAAACUUUAAAAACUCUACACCAAAGCAAUGUUUCACAGGUGCUUGACUGUGACCACAGACACUCACUUGACCCUAAGGGAAUUUUGGAGAGAACACUUCAGCAUCCUCCAUUGCAUAACCCUUAUAGGUAUGGCUUGGGAGGGAGUGACUACCAGGACUUUGAACUCUGCUUGGAGAAAAUUGUGGCCAGAUUGUGUCGACAAGAGGGAUUUUGAAGGAUUUGGGACUGACCCUGAUGAGCCUAUGUCUGUUGUUAAAUCAAUUGUGGCACUGGGGAGUUCCAUGGGGUUGGAUGUGAGUUUGGAGGAUGUGGAAGAAUUGGUGGAAGACCACAACGAAGAGCUCACCACUGAGGAGCUGCAAGAGCUUCAGUAGGAACAGCAAUAGAUCGCAGCUCAGAAUCUUGCUGCAGAGGAGGAGGAAGAGAGAUGGAAGAAGGUGCCUUCUUCAGAAAUUAAAGAGAUUUUUGCUAUGUGGGGUAAGAUGGAAAGCUUUAUGGAGAAACAUCACCCUGACAAGGUUGUUGCAAGCCAUGUUGGCAACAUGUACAGUGACAAAGUCUUGGGCCAUUUUAGGGAAGUGUUAGAGACGCCAGAAACAGAGCUCUCUCCACAGUUAUUUUGCGAGACAGGACUCCAGUGACUCUCAAGGUGGUCCUUGUGGCAUUAAGAAACAGAGAAGAGAAGCAACCCCAGAAAAGCAAAUGGUACCUGAGGUGUUGAUGGAAGGGGAUUCCCCUUCCAAACUAUAAACAAUCCAAUCUCUCUCCUCCUCCAGUCUCCCAUACACUAAAAAGAAUCUCCAAUAAAGGUAAGUGUUAUGCUGUUAAUGUUUCAUUCAUCAUUUCCCAUUGUAUUGUUUAUGUACUACAUGUAUAUUUCAUGUAAAAAUUUUUUUUUGUUUUAAUACUUCUGGGUGUCAGGAACGGAUUAAUUGUAUUUACAUUAUUUCUUAUGGGGAAAAUUUAUUUGCAUAUCGUAGAUUUCGUUAAUAGUAGCAACUCCAGGAACGGAUUAACUACGAGAAACGAGGGACCACUGUAUUCCAAUUUUAAAAUAGGGUCCAGAAUGAGCAAUGCAGACAUUCCUGGCUCUAAAAUAACAUUUUCUUUGUUCAUCUGUCAUGCUUCCAGGCCCCUCUGAUAUUACUCUUGCUUUCUAUUUUGAAUUUUUAUUCAAACAAAAAAUAGAAGAUUUACUGAUAUGCAGACUACUGCAAUAUUGUAAUAAUUGUAUAAAUAAUGUCAACCCAUUCAUGACUGCAUAUUAGAAUGGCUAGUUGGACAUUUAUUGGACAAUGACAUCAUUUGUUUACUUUGAACAUUGGCAAAAAUCAAACAUUUCCCCUACUUGAGCUCCAUUUCAAAAUUCUUUUCAUAGUAAAACUAAUCGAAAUCACCUCUAUUUCUUUAAUAUGUUUUCCAUUCUAUCAAAUGAGACCAAGAAAACAAGAAUACAACCAUAAAUACUUUACGAAAAUACACCACAAAGUCGGUGUUUUAAUAAAAAAAAACGGACAGUUUUUUUUUCUCAUGCACUGCGUGCUGCAGGAUUUUUUAUAUGGUGCACGCUGACCACACAGACCCAUUCUCUCACAUGUGGGCCUACCAGCUUUCUCCUGCUUGAUUUGAAGCCGCUAGAAUUUUUGAGUAUACGUAUAUACGUCAAACACGGUGGCUCGUAAGACGUAUAUAUACAACUGAAACAGUCAAAGGGUUAAUUUUGCUUAAUAAUGGCCCCAAAGUGCAAAAGCAGUGAUGUUGGUAGUUCUUCUAAGCCUAAAAGAAACCAUAAAGUGGUUUCCAUCAGUAAAAAGUACUAAUUCUCGACUUAUUGUGUGUAAUUUAACAAGCUUUAUCUUAGGUAUGUAUGUUAAUGAAAAAAGACAUCUUUGGUUUCGGGUAUCCACGGUAGGUCUUGGAAUGUAUCCCCCACGGAUACUGGGGUUCUAGGGCUGCUAGUACCCUGUAUUCUGCAGUACUCAAUCUGUGUUCUGAAUGAUGAAAUGGGGAUCAUUUAAUAUGACUAUGUACACUAUAAACAGUUUCACACUGAAUUUGUGACAGUCUGUUCAGGAGGUCAUGGAAAGCUAACUGGUUGUUAGUGCCAAUAAGCUCACAGAUGUACAGAAGAAAGAGCAUACAAAAAUGAUGGUUUCGUAUUGAUAUGGUAGUUGGCAGGGAAGGGUACUUCUUAAUUCUUCAGGUCAUUAACCUUUCAUCAGCAUCAAGGCAAUCCUCUUGAAGGCUGAGGUAUGAGGGAGAAAUAGACAAGAAAUACCAUACUGUAUUGCACUGUGCCUAUACUUAUGUGUACAGUAAACCCUCCAUAUAAUCAACUAAUUGGGGGAUUGGGUUCAGAUGGCCAGUAAUGAUAGUAGUGGUAGAUAGAGAGGAAAUUGUUUUGUGAUUGUAACAAUACUGGAUAGAUCUGUAAACCAGUAGACGUCAUAGUUUCCAAAUCGAUUGACCCAGCAGAUUUUUUUUUUUCUGUUUUUCCAAAGUCUGUUGUUUGGAGGUUUAUAUAUGCACAAAUAACCUGUACUUAGGAAAAGGAAAGUAAUGAUGAUGAUGUGGUCAGACUUGGGCCAUUGACAAGUGUGACUUAUCAGUAGGGCUUGUUAGAGAUUGUUCUCUUUCUUCUGCAAAUUGAACAUACUAGUCACAUUUAUGGUCUUCUCAUGGAUGGUUGUCCUAC